AUGUCGGAAGCGCAUUGGCUCACUGGCGUUGCUCACAAACGCUUUGUCAUUGUUACAUGCCUGCUAUAUUUGAUCGAUCAUGUACGGGGCCAGCCAACAGUACACAGUCUGGAUUUGCAUCCGCAUGACAGCAACUGGAGACUUGAAAAGCUUCGGAAAAAAUUCUUAGAUUCAUUUGCCCUAAUAUGCUCUACUUCAAGAGUAGGUGGAGAUACAGCCUCGGCAGUUUGUUUGGAACAAGGCCAUCCGAGUGGGAACGUUUUGCGUCUCGCGCGGAAUCUUGGCGUCCCUCCCGACCUUGUCGACCAGCUUCAGCUAAUUCUCCAUGAUCUGACCGCUGUGGCUUCAAAAGAAAAGUCAGUGAAGGACGGAGAAUUUGAGAUCUUGCUCAAGAUCAUCAAGUUGACUGGUGACAAGAUUUGGUCCCUUUUGGAGCAGCUUCGUGAUCCAGAAAUCCACGCUACUGUCCGACGAAAAAUCUCUGCUCUGAGGACAGACGAAGCGUACCUGGAUGACGGCGAGAAAGCAGAUUUUCAGCAGUGGAUUGCCAUCCUUCCCUCUAUGAUAUCACUGAGCUCUGAUGCAAUGCCUGUUCAGCUCGUUCCGCAUAUGAUAUGGGCGGCCCAAGCGCGAUGGAAAUAUUCAGAGCGGAUAGAAUCAUUGUUUUGCUCCGACGAGGAAGAGAUGCCCCUGUGGAUUAAGCACAUAUACAAGCUGGCGCGAUACCAUUCAGCAACGAAAGCUAUGGUUAAGCUCGCCACCAGACAGCCUGAUAUUUUCACAUCCAUUCACGUUGAGGCUGUGGAAGCUCCAGGACAGCAGCGCUUCUCUUUGGCGAACGACAUUACGGCCCUCAGGACAACGCUUCAAAGGCUGACUAAGACAGACCCUGGAUCACUCGUCGAAAAACUUGGCCAGACUUGGCUCACGGAUGACCCGGAGGCUCGAUUUCGCAAAGCGUGCCGUCUUAAUCUUACAGUCCAUGCAGAAAUGCAGCUUCUCACAUUCUACGACCAUAAUCCAGACCUUACACCACGCCUCUUGUUUAUGGGCACGAGCAAGAAGGUUUGCUUCCUCUGUCACAAUUUCCUAUCCCGGCACCCACUGGCGAUUGGGGUGUCAGCCAGUCAUCAAAAGCUUUAUCCGACUUGGAUGCCAGCUCCAUGCUCAUCUUCGGUGCGGAAGAAGCAUAAAACCCUGCUUUGGGACCUUAACCGACAUCUGGAAGAAACGGUUCUCCGUGACCUGGAGACCAGACUUGGCGUUCGGCGACCAGUUCACAUGGAUUCUACCGCAGGGCCCUCCUUGACGACUACUGGAACGUUUUCAUCAUUUUCAUCAGCCAUGGAGCUGCCUAUUCGAUCUGAACUGGUGGAAGAUCAAGGACCUUCCUCAGAUACCGGAAUAAUUACAGAAUAG